AUGUCGCUAGUAAAAAUAUUUUCCGUAUCAUCUCGAGUUCGAGCUGGUGGAGCUAGCAGUUUGGUGUCCAGACAUGUCCAGUACAGUACGGAGGCAAAAACAGAAAAGGUGUACCCGCCUAAGGAGCCAGGAUACAUGUAUGUGAAUGCUGUCGAUCCGAACAUGACAAUGAAGGCACUUUCUGAUAGAGCUGCACAGACUAUGUUCUGGACGGAAUUGGCUAGAGGAUUUGCUGUCACCCUGGCUCAUAUUUUUAAGGAACCAGCAACAAUUAAUUAUCCAUUUGAGAAAGGACCUUUGUCACCAAGGUUCCGAGGAGAGCAUGCUCUACGCCGUUACCCAUCUGGUGAAGAAAGAUGCAUUGCUUGCAAACUUUGUGAGGCAAUUUGUCCAGCUCAGGCAAUCACCAUAGAAGCUGAGGAAAGGCAAGACGGCUCACGACGAACCACGCGUUAUGAUAUUGACAUGACAAAAUGCAUCUACUGUGGAUUCUGUCAGGAAGCCUGCCCAGUCGACGCUAUUGUAGAAGGUCCCAACUUCGAGUUCUCGACAGAAACUCACGAAGAACUCCUGUACAAUAAGGAAAAACUUCUAUCGAACGGUGACAAAUGGGAGAGUGAAAUAGCUUCUAAUAUCAGGGCCGAUCACCUCUACCGCUGA